CUACUUCAUAUCCCGCUCAAACCUCGACGAAAACAACAACAAAAAUAUAAAACCUUGCUACGUUUUGCGUUUAUACCUAAAGACGCUGAAUUACGGAAGGAUUCAGCGUCGUUAAUUAUAACUAGACGAAUGUUUUGCAAAAAACGAAAUCUUGGUAAAAAAUAACAAAAAUCAGUGCAGUAAAUAAUUAUAGCCCCUUAGCACCUCUCCAGUCAAACACCUGUUAAUGUCAAUAAUCAAACCACGAGCUGAUUCAAAAUUGGUUAACAGCAUCAGGGAUAGAGCUGACGGAUCCUGUCCUAAGAUAAUAACCGCGAAAUGGUUCACAGCAUAGCAAGCAAACGAGCAAAUCAAAAAAAUGUCUAAACAAUAUAUUAACAUAAAUAAUAAAUAUGAUCGUGUUAUAGUUUUGGUAGACAUGGAUUGCUUCUACUGCCAAGUGGAGGAAAAACUGAAUCCGCAGAUUCGCGGAAAACCAAUUGCCGUAGUGCAGUAUAAUCCCUGGCAGGGAGGAGGAAUUAUAGCCGUCAACUACCCAGCUAGGUCGAAAGGUGUUACACGUCAUAUGCGUGGUGAUGAAGCGAAACAGCAUUGUCCUGAAAUCGUAUUGCAAAAAGUGCCUCAAGUGCGCGGUAAAGCAGAUAUUGGCAAGUAUCGAGAAGCUGGCAAGGAGGUUGCUGCAGUUUUACAAACAUUCACCCCGUUGCUCGAGCGUGCAAGUGUAGACGAAGCUUAUAUGGAUAUCACCGAACGUGUACUAGCCAGGUUGCACGAUAUGAACGAAGGAAAAUUCCAGUUACUGCCGGAUAGGCUUGCAAACACGUAUGCUGUUGGGUACGAGAGCGUGGGUGAAUUUGUUCAGAAGAUAUCUUCCGAUCUUGAAGGAGCUGGCGACUCUCAGGAGGUUGAUAAUGAAGAGCAUCGUGUCGAAUACAAAAAGAGCGAUAUCAAGCUGCUUAUAGGAGCUUCAAUUGUUAACGAAAUCCGAGCAGCAGUCAAAGAUAAAACUGGGUAUGAGUGCUCAGCUGGAAUAGCUCAUAACAAAAUAUUGGCUAAGCUUACUGCUAGUUUUCACAAACCAAAUAAGCAAACCAUUCUACCACUGAAGAGUAUUGCAAAGAUGUAUGAAGCGUUACCGAUCAACAAGGUUAAAGGAUUAGGUGGCAAAUUGGGGGAACAACUUUGUGAAGUUCUUAAAGUACAGUAUAUGGCAGACCUAGUAAAGUUUCCGGAAAAACUAUUACAAUCACAUUUCGAUGAAAGGAUCGGAUCAUGGAUAUAUUUGAUGGCAAAAGGGAUCGAUUUGGAAGCAGUCACACCUAAAUUUAAUUCUAAAAGUAUCGGUUGCUGUAAAAGAUUCCCAGGAAAAAAUGCUAUAGUUGGACUGGCCACACUGAAGCACUGGCUCGGUGAGCUGGCUGUUGAGAUUCAAGAGCGCCUAGAAAAAGAUAUGGAAGAAAAUAAUAGAAUAGCUAAACAGAUGACGGUUUCAUAUUCGCAGCAAUUUGGAGACAAUGAUGUUUCUAGCAGCAGAAGUGUUCCAAUCUUGACGUACGACGCCGAGAAAAUUGCAACCGAUGCCCUGGAGGCAAUAAAAAGAAACACCGAUACGUUCCUUAAAACAGGCAGUGACAGCGUGUUGAAAAAUCCAAUCAAAUUUCUUGGCAUUUCAGCCGGUAAAUUUGACGAUAAUUCUGUUAGAAAGAAUGGUGGAUUGAGGGAAAUGUUUUCAAAUAUCUCCAGUAAAGCACAAGUAAAAGAACUCAAAGAAACCGAUCAUGUUGAGAAGAGUCCUCAGACAGUAACUGUUGAUAAAAAAGACAUAACAAGUUUUUUUCAAAUGGCAUCCUGUCGGAAAGAGUUAGCCAAUGAUGUACAACCAGGCACUCAUGAUUUAAAGUCCAGCCAAACAGAUUCAGACAAAGAUCAUUUAACUGAAUCUUCGAAACGAGCAGAAGAUCACGAUGAUUCAACACAUCUGAAUUCUGAAAACGUUGAUAAUACAGAAGAAAAUAUUCCAAAUAAUUUUUUGAACGCAACUUUGCCACUAGAAGAAGGAGACACGCCACAGCCUUCUACUUCUAGAACCCAUCACAUUAUCGAAACAAACCCGAUGAUCCCUUCCAGUAGUAAUUUCGACUGCCCAAGAGAAGAAAUCACCAAUUCAACUGAUCAAACGGCGUAUGACGAUUAUCGGCAUACAUAUGCAGAAUAUUGCCAAGUACCGAAUGUUCCAGAGAUUAUUUUUAAGGCAUGUCCAGAAUGUGGAAAAAGUAUACCGGAGAGGGAAGCGCAGGCCCAUCUCGAUUUUCACCUGGCACUGCAACUAAGUGAAAAACAACGAGAAGAGUAUCGGAACGAACUUAAAUGCAAAUUCUCGUCACCUAAAGUGAAAGAUAAAAUUCCAACUCCCACAAUGAAAACAAAGCUUACUCAGUUCCUGUCUCCAAUAGUUGUCCAAAGUACAACCACAUCAACCAUGUCUGAAAAAUGCGCAGAAUGCGGAAAAUUGAUUGCUACUGAAAAUCUAUCGGAUCAUAUGGACUAUCACGUUGCCAGGAAAUUGCAGCUGGAGUUGAAUCAAUUGGAGAUGCGGACAGUGACCGUUCCCAUGACACAAACGAGUAAAGCCAUCACCACAGCGGGUAAUAAACGUAAGCGUUCAACGAAUGAUAAGCAUAAUCAAUCAGUCAAAGUGAACAAUUUAACCUCGUACUUUACUAAAAUGUCGUAACAUCGUAUUAGAAGGAAUAAACGCUACUUAAUUAACGGCA